CUUCAAAUAUCGACCAAGAUGAGCCUAAACGUUGCGAAACAGCGUUAUCCCACCGAUCCUCAGUUAAAGUAACUGCAUUUGAAACAAACCCAUUCAGUAACAGCGCUUCCACAUUAUUGUUGGACGUUCCGCUUGUUCUUCCUACGCUGCUCCAUGCGCACCAACCCAGCACUCUCCGCCUCCCCACCGAGCUGCACGCAGCAGAGCUCAGAACGCGCAGACCGAUGGAGCCGCUCCUGACGGCGCUGUUUUUUGUCGCUGUUUGCCAACACAGUCACGGAUCCAACUGAAGAUACGCGGACUACCUUCAUGGCAAAUCGGUUUCAUGAGGUUAAUGAAAAGACGCUGGAUGAAGUCGACUCAAGUGCAAUGAGGACCUUUUUACUAGUGGUGGACUCAUGUAAAAUGAAGACAAAUGAGAAAGUGGAUGUUAAGACAGCAAUAUCCCGGCUUCCUUUUCCACGUGCCUGCUCUGCUUCUCUGCCAACAUGUCUCUAAAAGACAACCAACAUGGAAGCAACACACACAGGGACCACAGGCCCCACAAUUUGCCCCUGACUGACAACUUUGGGAAAAGAUCUAUCAAGACGUUUCUGGACUUCAGGAACACAAACACGCUUGAAAGUCUGGACAUCAAGGGGUUCCUAGUGUUGUGUUUAGUCAACCUGACAUGCGUCUCGAAAGUCAAAGUAGUUAGCCUCCUCGUGGGUUUGAUGCUGAUGUUCCUCAUCACGGCUUCGUACAUACUGAUGUGGGAGAGAAAAGGACUUUUGCUCUCUGCCUUUCCCCAUCCUUUCACACCUGUGGUUGUCACAACCAGCACAACAGCUGACAUUUCUCUGGACAAGAGUUUAAUUGACAUGAAAGUGCUUGUAGAGAUAAUUAACUGCAAUGAGCAGAACACAUCCAGGAAGGUACCCGAUAAAAAGGAUGUCAUCAACACAGACCCACAUUUCUUUUCAGUGAUUCCUGACCAUUUCCUGCCCCAUAUCAAGAGCCCAUGCUGGUACCAGGAGUUAUCUAGUGAUAUUGGCACAGACCCAUACAAGAACAACCACUUCAGUCUACGUUCAAAAAGCUUCAAGAAUGUGUGUGACCACAUGAGAGCCAGAUUCCAUCAGCACGUUUGCAACAUAGACGGGAAACUCUUUCGCCUGCGCUGCUUGCCAUACUUUUACAUUAUAGGCCAGCCAAAGUGUGGCACAACAGACUUGUUUCACAGACUCUUGAUGCUUCCAGAGGUUACAUUUAACACCAUAAAGGAGCCACACUGGUGGACCAGGAAACGCUUUGGUUACAUCCGUUUCAAAAAAGGCUUCCAGGAGCAUUUUCCGAUUGAGGAUUACCUGGAUCUGUUUGACAUGGCAGCCAUAAACAUCCAAGAAGGAAUCAGUGGGAAUUCAUCCACGGAGCAGCAUGUGCUUCAGAUUAUAACAGGUGAAGCCAGUGCAUCCACAAUGUGGGAUAAUCAAGCCUGGAGCUAUCUCAGUGGAUACGAGGAGCGGAUAGGACCUCCCUUCCUGGCUCAGGAUUUCAUCCAUGCAGUCCAACCCGGUGCCAAGAUCAUCAUAAUGCUCAGGGAUCCAGUGGAGAGGCUUUACUCCGACUACUUGUACUUUACCUUGGCCAACAAGUCUGCAGAGGAUUUUCAUCAGAAGGUCGUGGAGUCUGUCCAGUUGUUCCAGUGCUGUCUCCUUGAGAGGUCACUGCGAUCAUGCGUCUACAAUACCAGCCUUUUUAACACCAUGACGGUGAGACUGACUCUGGGAAUGUAUUAUGUGUUUGUUCUGGACUGGCUGACCAUUUUCCAAAGAGAGCAGAUUCUAGUUCUUCGACUGGAGGACUAUGCAGCCAACCUUAAAAAGACAAUUAAGAAAGUUUUUGAUUUUCUCAGUGUAGGUCCUCUGUCAGAGCAAGUGGAAGCAGCACUGACCAAACGUCCCAUGUCCAACACGCGCCGGGCAAAAGACAGGAGCCUUGGUCCUAUGUUCCCAGCCACCAGAACCCUCCUUAGUCAGUUUUACCAGCCUUUUAACAGUAAACUAGCCAGCAUAUUGGACAAAAAGGCUUUUCUCUGGAGUUACAGCUGAAGCAGACUGAGCAGCAUUGAAAUUAGAUGGAAGUGAAAGAUCAGAGAGAAAUGUGACACCAAACAAAGAGUUAAAAUACCUGAAGUUAAUCUAGAGUGAACGAACUCAUGUUUCUGGUUCUUUGAAAGAAGGACACUUCAAGUCAAUAUGACAAUGAACUAACUUUUAUUUCACAAAGUGAAUUAGAGUCCAUGCAACAAUAUGUUUAAAGCCUUAAAGUUUCCACCUAAUUUAUAACUGAAAAGACUGGGUUAAGUUCAUGCGUUGUAAUACAGUGUUUUAAACUUAUAUGUGGUACAAAUAAACAAAUUUGAUUCUUA